CCAAAUGCAAGAGAGCAAACACCAAAGUGAGACCACCAAAAACAAGAUUUGAGAGAAUUUCCAGAUUUUUCAACAGUGCUUGAUCAUUCCAGUUUUCUUCAAAAUUUCCCCUUUUUCUGUAAUCCCCCGCUUCUCUGGCCCCUCUCUGUUUUCGUCCGUCUUUCAAGCAUUUAUAAACAUAGACCAGACCAGGUUUUUUUUUUUUAAAGCCAGAUGUUCCAGAAUAGAGAUCCAGGUUUCUGUUUUUAAAAUCAAUUACAAAGUUUUAAGCUUUAUUUUCAUAUGCUAAGAGGGUUUGUUUUUGUUCCCUCGAGGUCUUUUUUUUAAUCAAACUAUUGCCUGUUCUUUUAGUUUUGGUUAAGAACCAGGUUGUAACUUAGUUUUUGGAUAUGGCAGGAGCUAUAGAUAUGUAUAAUAGCAGCAGCAACUCAGUUUUUUCAGAUCCUUUUAGUGAAGAGUUAAUGAAAGCACUUGAACCUUUUAUGAAAAGUGCUUCUUCUUCUUCUUCUCCUUCUCCACCUUUAUCUUUCUCAUAUUCUCAACUUUUAUCUCCUUCACAGCCUAACAUGGAUCCUGGCUUUUGCUCCCCAUCAAGUACCCACUUGUUUUCUAAUCAUGGGUUCUUUAACUAUAACAAUCCGAUGGGUUUUGAGCAAACAGGUUCGGUUGGGCUUAACCAGCGCAACCCUUCUCAAAUCCUUCAAAUUCAAGCUCAAUUCUAUCAGCAACAACAGCAGCAGCUUGAUUCUAUGGUUCCAAAAACAUCCCUUGGAAACCAGAGGCUCAACUUUCUUUCCCCAAAACCUGUCCCUAUGAAACACGUAUCUUCAACUCCUCCAAAGCCUGCAAAACUGUACAGGGGAGUGAGGCAGAGGCACUGGGGGAAAUGGGUUGCCGAAACCAGACUCCCCAAGAAUCGAACCCGACUCUGGCUCGGCACUUUCGAUACAGCCGAAGAGGCAGCUUUGGCUUAUGACAAGGCUGCUUACAUGCUCCGAGGAGAAUUCGCCAGGCUCAAUUUCCCCCACCUCAAGCAUCAAGGACUCCAUCUUUCUGGCUUCAAACCUCUCCAUUCCUCAGUCGAUGCAAAGCUGCAAGCCAUCUGUGAGAGCCUGGGGAAACAAGGGAAACCAGAAUCAAAACCCAAGGUGAAGAGAGAGGAGUUGGAUCAGUCUCCAAAGUUACCCGAUCCUAAAGUGGAGAAUUCACCGGAUUUAUCCGAUGGAUCACUGGCAGGGUCUUCUUCACCAGAAUCCGGUAUCACUUUCUUGGAUUUCUCUGAUUCAAGGUGGGGAGACGAUGAGAACUUCAGUUUGGAAAAGUUCCCUUAAGUAGAAAUUGAUUGGGAAGCCAUCAGGGAACUCUUGAGUCUUGAAAACAAAAUUACAACUACUAUCAUGUAAUCUUUUUCUACUACUAUUAUCUCUGGUAGCCUCUACAUUGAAAUUUUUGACAUCUGUAGAGUUGCUACAGUAUUAAUUAGGUGUUUUAAGUUUAGAAUCUAUGUCAAUAUGUUGUAAGAGCGGUCUUGCUGGUACUUUUUAUCCUGGCAACGCCCCUUUGCAGACCUUCCAAGUUUAUGUUUUGCUGUAUUAUAAUAGUUCC